GUUGAGGGAAGUAAGACUUCUUUCAUUUCCCCUUCCAAGAGAAGGCAGAGGGGAUUGUGUUGAAGUAACUGGUAUAGCCUAGCUGGACUGUGAGCAGCUCUACCAUGAGGCUCCCUGUGUGUCUGAUCUUGUUGGGACUGCUUAUAGCCCAAGGAACAGGGAAAGACUGUCCUCACAAAAAGGCCGCUACUCUCCUGCCAUCCUUCACGGUGACACCUACAACCACAGAAAGCACAGCAAGCCCUACGACCAGCCACAGGUCCACCACUACCAGUCACGGAAAUGUCACGGUUCAUACCAGCUCCGGACCCACACCUGUCACUUAUCACCCUGCCACCACCACCAGUCAUGGGAAUGCCACUGUUUCUCCCACCACAAAUGGCACUACUAGUCCAGGAUUCUCCACUGUUGGCCCUCACCCUGGACCACUUCCACCCUCGCCAAGUCCUAGUCCAAGCUCCAAGGGGGCUCUUGGAAAAUACACAUGGACCAACGGUUCCUGGCCUUGUGUUCAGCUCCAAGCCCAAAUUCAAAUUCGAAUCCUGUACCCAACCCAGGGUGGAAGAAAGGCCUGGGGCAUCUCUGUAUUGAAUCCUAACAAAACCAAGGUGCAGGGGGGCUGUGGCGGUGCCCACCCCCAGCUGCCUCUAUCAUUUCCUUAUGGACAGCUUACCUUUGGAUUCAAACAGGCCCUACAGAGUCAGAACCAGAGUACAGUCUACCUCUACUACAUGGCAGUGGAAUACAAUGUGUCCUUCCCACAGGCAACACAGUGGACAUUCUCCGCGCAGAAUUCAUCUCUUCGAGAGCUCCAAGCUCCCCUGGGCCAAAGCUUCUGUUGCAGAAAUACAAGCAUCGUUCUUUCUCCAGCUGUCCACCUUGACCUGCUCUACCUGAGGCUACAGGCUGCUCAGCUGCCAGACAAGGAACACUUCGGGCCGUGUUUCUCUUGCACCAGUGACCAAUCCCUCUUGCUGCCUCUCAUCAUUGGUCUGGUCCUCCUUGGCCUCCUCACCCUGGUGCUCAUUGCCUUCUGCAUUACCCGGCGACGACAAUCACAAUCAACCUAUCAGCCCCUUUGAGCAUCUGCUCCAAUCCACUAUGUCAGCCACCAAGAAGCACCCUUGUUUAUUCAACAUGCAACUGACUCAUCAGCGUUAUCUUCCUUCUCUGUCUCUAAGAACAAAAUAAAGAGAUUUUAUUAUAGAUGUAGGGAGUUAAUAAACAUGAAUGGUACCCACUCCCUCAUGAAGAGUACAAAAACUUAA